AUGAAAAAUAAUAACUGUUUCGUUAACAAGCCCUUGUGCCAAAAACUAAGAUUAAAAAUCUUUGUUUUUUUCAUACUCUCCUUUAUUCUGUCUUUUCUUUAUUUUCUUUUUCUUCCUUUCUUUUCUUUUCUUCCUUUUUCUUUUCUUAUUCUUUUCCUUUCUUUUUCUCUGAUUCUCUUUCCUUUUUUUAUUUUUUCCUUCUUUUCUUAUUCUCUUUCCUUUCUUUUUUCUCUGAUUCUCUUUUCUUUUUUCCUCUUUUUUUAUUCUUUUUCCUUUCUUUUUUUCCUUUCUUAUUCUCUUUCCUUUUUCUUUUUCUUUCUUUUUCUCUUUUUUUUCUUUUUUCUUUUUUCUCUUUUUAUUCUUUUUUUUCUUUUUUCCCCUCUUUCUUAUUUUACUUUCUUUUUCUUUUUUUUUUUCUUUUCUUCUUUUUCCUUUUCUUUUCUCUUUCUUUUUUUUUAUUCUUUUCCUUUUUUUUCUUUUUCUUUCUUAUUCUCUUUCCUUUCUUUUUUCUCUGAUUCUCUUUUCUUUUUUCCUCUUUUUUUAUUCUUUUUCCUUUCUUUUUUCCUCUUUCUUAUUCUACUUCCUUUCUUUUUCUUCUUUUUCUUCUUUUUCCUUUCUUUUUUCCUCUUUUUUUAUUCUUUUUCCUUUCUUUUUUCCUCUUUCUUAUUCUCUUUUCUUUCUUUUUUCUCUGAUUCUCUUUUCUUUUUUCCUCUUUUUUUAUUCUUUUUCCUUUCUUUUUUCCUCUUUCUUAUUCUCUUUCCUUUUUUUUUUCCUCUUUCUUAUUCUCUUUCAUUUGUUUCUUUCUUUCCUUCUCUCCUAUGCUUCUUAUUUCGGAAAGAGUUUUUUCGCUUUCACAUCAUCAUCAUCAUCCUUUCUUUCUUUCUUUCUUUCUUUCUUUCUUUCUUUCUUUCGUUCUUUCUUUCGUUCUUUCUUGUUUAUUUUUUUCUGUAA